AUGAAUAAUCUCUCAAUCAACGUCUAUAGCGAGAACAAGGAAGUCAUUUUACCAGUCCGUGUAAGCAAGGAGAAGGAGUGGCACUUCAACUUGCUUUACAUCGAAGACGUGUCGGGAUGUGGAAUCGGACACUUCGCGUGGAUCAAGAAUUUGUCCCGGCUCGUCAACUCACAAUUGAACAUGAAUGGGCACAAGAAAUACAUCUAUGAUCGAUGCCUCCAUUACUUCUCAACCACCGAAAAACUGCAGUCCCAUGAGGUGGAUUGCGGUGUUAUCAACGAUUGUGCCGUUCGACUACCAACUGAGAACGACAAAUGGUUGGAGUUUACCAACGCGAAUCGGAAGGAGCGUCUCCCGUUCGUGGUAUACGCCGACCUCGAAUGCAUUCUGGAGAAGACCAGCGCUGAAGAGAGGGAGACAAACAAAAACCAACAUCAUCGUGUCUUCAGCGUUGGAUAUUAUGUAAAGUGCUCCUACAAUGAUUCGUUGUCGGGAUAUCACGAACGCCGAGGUGAGGACUGCGUGGAAUGUGUUUCAUAA